ACCAUCCACACGGGAGUAUUGUACAAAAACAUAAAGUUCCUUCAAAAUGGACUACUUUUUGGAUGUCGAGUCUGCUCACAGACUGUUUUACAGUCAAGGAGCUCAAGCUCGUCGGGCAACUCUCCUCACGGUGCCCACACUGAUGACAGCCUCUUCUGAGGAUGACAUAGACCGGAGACCCAUCAGAAGACUCCGCUCUAAAAGUGACACCCCUUACUUGGAAGAAGCUAGGAUCUGCUUCAACCUUGAUAAUGCUCGCCGGGCCACGCUGCUCACCGUGCCCACAUUAAUGGCGGCAUCUUCCGAGGAGGACAUCGACCGCAGACCCAUCCGCCGCGUCCGCUCCAAGAGCGACACCCCCUACCUCGCCGAGGCCCGCAUCUCCUUCAACCUCGACACAGCUGAGGAAGCGGAAAGACUGGCUGCAAUGCGUUCAGAUUCUCUAGUACCUGGGACUCACACGCCUCCAAUCAGAAGAAGAAGCAAAUUUGCCACUCUUGGAAGACUUUUUAAGCCAUGGAAAUGGAGGAAGAAGAAGAGUGAAAAAUUUAAGCACACUUCAGCAGCUUUGGAAAGAAAAAUAUCAAUGAGGCAAAGCAGAGAGGAGCUUAUAAAACGAGGAGUGCUGAAAGAAAUUUUUGAUAAAGAUGGGGAGCUUUCCAUACCAAAUGAAGAAGGAGCUUUGGAGAAUGGGCAACCUCUAGGCUCCGGGCAAGUGCUGAGCUCCAGCCAGGUAUCCCUGCCAGCCCUAGCAGAACUGGAGUCAGGUCCAGCACCUGGGGAACCCUGCUCAUACGAGGUGCUCCCAACCACAGAGAUCAUGGAUGGGACAGUGUCUGAAGAGAGCCCCACAUCCAAUGAAUCCAGCGUCCUCCUGUCCCAAGAUCCUACAGCUAAGCCAGUCCUGCUACUUCCCCCCAAAAAAUCUGCUGCUUUCCCUGGAGACCAUGAGGACACCCCAGUGAAACAGUUGUCCCUCCUCAAACAGCCCCCUGCCCUGCCUCCUAAACCUAUUGCCAGGAUUGCCAGCCACUUAACUGAUCCUGGUGCUCCUGUGAAACUGCCUUGUAUGCCAGUUAAGCUGUCGCCACCACUACCUCCAAAGAAAGUCAUGAUUUGCAUGCCUUUAGGGGGGCCAGACCUCUCUCUCUCAUCCUAUUCCACUCAGAAGAGCUCCCAGCAGCCUUUGACUCAGCACCAUCACACUGUCCUGCCAUCCCAGUUAGCAGCUCACCAGCACCAGCUCCAGUAUGGCAGCCACAGCCAGCACCUGCCUUCUGGGUCCAGCACGUUGCCCAUUCAUCCUUCCGGGUGCCGGAUGAUAGAGGAACUCAACAAAACUCUGGCCAUGACCAUGCAGAGGCUAGAAAGCUCUGGUUUACACACAGGUGACAGCGUUACAAAAACAGGACCUGGGGGCCUUCCAGACAUGAGACAAGUGCCAACUGUUGUGAUCGAAUGCGAUGACAAUAAAGAAAAUGUGCCUCAUGAAGCAGACUAUGAAGAUUCUUCCUGCCUCUACACAAGACAGGCAGAGGAGGAAGAGGAAGAUGAGGAUGAGGAUAACUCAUUAUUUACAAGCUCCCUGGCAAUGAAAGUCUGCAGGAAGGACUCCUUAGCAAUCAAACUAAGCAACAGGCCAUCCAAGCGAGAGCUGGAGGAAAAGAACAUCCUCCCCAUGCAGACUGAUGAAGAGAGGCUCGAGCUUAGGCAGCAGAUUGGGACAAAGUUAACAAGACGACUGAGCCAGAGGCCGACUGCUGAGGAAUUGGAGCAGAGGAACAUACUGAAACCCCGGAAUGAGCAAGAGGAGCAGGAGGAAAAACGAGAGAUAAAAAGAAGAUUAACACGUAAGCUGAGUCAGAGGCCCACGGUAGAAGAGCUACGUGAGAGGAAGAUCCUCAUCCGCUUCAGUGACUACGUAGAAGUGGCAGAUGCACAGGACUACGACAGGAGGGCGGACAAACCCUGGACACGACUCACGGCUGCUGACAAAGCAGCUAUUCGAAAAGAGCUUAAUGAAUUUAAAAGCACUGAAAUGGAAGUUCACGAAUUAAGUAGGCAUCUAACAAGGUUUCAUAGACCGUAGCAGUUCAAUUCUGACUACUAUGCCAUCUUCAAAACAUAACUAAAAGGAACCAUAAGUGCUGGUAUUAUUCACUUCCCUAUUACGUACAAUGUAAAUCUUCUGAACUGCCUUUUUUUUAAUAAAAAGAAGAGUAGGAAAAAAAAAAAAAGAUAAAAAAAGGAAAAUUGUAUUUACAUGUGAUGGAUACUGCAGCAUCAUCAGACCUGCUGGUUCAAGCUUCAACAACAGAAAAUACCCCUGGUGGGAAUUGUGCCAAGACUUGGCAUCUAUGUAUAAGACUUUCCUGGCAUGUGGAUUUGCCAUACAUGUUCAAGCCCAGCUGGUGAUGCAUCCAUUUCAUCUUCUGACACCCCUCAUCCUGACAAGCCUCUAUCAUCCAACUCUAGAGAUGGUGUUCAGGGAAUUACUGGCCUGGGUGAAGUCUCCAAAAGACUGGCACCUAUGGCAUUAGAGCACUUGCACCAAACACACUGUUCAGGCUGUGAGCACCUUAUGAGGACAGUGAAGGAGGAGAACUCUACGGGCCAGCCCAUCUAUGAAUAUCAUCUGACUGGAAAGGUAUUUCUUUCCCUGGAGAAGUUGAUGUGUUCCUCGGCUCCCAAGCAGAAACAGGCAUCACCUGUAAAGCGCAGGACUCCCUACUGAAGGCUGGUUCAGUUCUAGCAACUGUUUAUUGUUCAUCCCUGGCAAGCAUUAUUUUCUAAACCCCGUUGUGAGCCCAUCAGCAGUAAGCGACAAGAAUGAUAAGGACAGGCAAGCAAAACCCAUUUCUUCAUGGUCACUGCAUGGCAUUUGCUCAGCUCGUAGUUUGUUUUUGCACCCGAGCCUCGUGAUUGUGCGAGAGCCGACGCGCGCCCACCAGCGAGAAAGGCGGGAAUUCCUACUGGCCCUGCAGCAGGACACAUGACAGGAGGAACCGGGGGUUCGAUGAGGGAUGUCUAUACUCUCAGUAUCAGGUGUUCCAAGAACUGAUCCUAAACUCAUACCAAGAAAAAUAACAGACAGAUUGUGUUACCUGACCUAACAAAAGGAGUCUGGUGCAGUGGUGCGGAUGGUGGGACUUGUCACCGGUACCGGCGCUGAGGCGUAAGGACAGGAAUUCAGAGGUGGUGUUUUGGUUUUAAUUUAUUUUUGUUAUACUAGUUUAACACACAAGCUGACCCAGUAGAGCUCAGAGAGCUGGUCCCUCUGGGCCUGGUUUACCUGCCAACUUAAGUGUGUGCUUAACACUAAGCAAGCAUGCAAACAGCCUCACUGCAUUCAAGAAUAUGUCUGAUAGACUUCAUUGAAGCUGCACUCAUUUAAGUGCUUUUCUGAACUUAGGCCAGCACCUUCCAAAUCAAGCCCUUAACUAGUAUAAUGCCAGCAAGCUGGGGCAAACAUUCUCUAGGAUUCCUUUCCAGCUCUUAAACUAUUAUGCCAUCUUUUGGACCAGUGGCCCAAAGCACUGUAGCAACAUUACUGUAAGAAGUUCCAGGCUAUUUCUUCAGGAGACCUUUAUUUCUUCCGUAAUAGCUAUUUUGCUUUGACAGUUUGAAACAGAGAGGCCAAAGUUUUUUACUACGCUAUUUCUGUUAUUAUUUUAUUUUAUUUUUCCUUCUCCCUGUCUCCCGUGCAUCUAUCCACUCUUCUGUGCUUGCUCCCUCUCUACCUCUCCCAGUGCCAUGCUAACAUUGCCCUUCCCUGCCUGCGGGCCAAAAAGCCUCUUGCACACAAACAUUUAAUGGCCAGUGCUACAUAGUGCCAACACUCCUGCCUCUUCUCAGGCCUCCAUCUCAUUCCUCUGGUAGCAGGAGUAAAGCAGA